AUGGCGACCGUUUCUUUGCAGCUCGAGAACCAGUUUUCCGGUCCCACAGUUCCUCGCCAACUGCAUCAGUCGCUACCGGCUGCUCUUGACAAGCGGCUCAGCCACGAGGAGUACCAGGCACUGAAAGAACGCGUGGACAAGGAGCUGUUACCCAUUGCGCAAGCUGCCAGAGGCAUGUUGCCUUUGGCAUACCUGCUUUGUGGGGUGCAGCUGUUUAACGUGCUGAUUCUUGGUACGCUGGUGUGCCUUGAUGUCUUUCUGCUGGACGAGGUAAGCCUCUAUGUGGCGGAAGGCAUUUUGGCCGUUGUGGUCACAAGCAUCGUCGUGCUGGGCAUCCUGUGGCUCUACAGCCGUCUGAGUAGAGUCGUCUACGAGGCGGAGACUUCUCUUCGCAUUGCCUUGGUGGAGGAGUGCGCCAAGAUGCCGCUGACGCUGCAAUUGAGUGUCCAACCCCGCGCCUGGCGUCUACCGAUCUUCGACAUCUCGGUGGCUUUCGGGGAGAAGGUCGCUCCAAGUGUGCCCGUUCCACUGCAAGAUCUGAUUCUCGACAAGUGCUGA